GAAUUCAUAUCGGAAUCUUUGAGAGGAACUACUCCCAACGCGUUUGAUCGCGUGGUCCUGAUACAUAAUGUUGGCUUAAUGAGCGAUGUUUCCCAAACUCUAAACGAUAUAUUGGACCUGAACGUCUGGAGAGAAUUCUACGAUCUAAACAUGUUUGUACCUGCCGUAUUAAACGCGGUGGUCAUGAAUACGUUUACUAGUAAAACUAUUAACAAGAUGAUUAUCAAUAUUUCAUCCUCGGUAGCUAUUGAAGCGCGCGUUUGUAUGGGCCAAUAUUGCUCGGUAAAAGCGGCACGAGAAAUGUACUUUAAGGUCUUUGCUUUUGGAAAACCCAGAUGUUGACGUGCUAAGUUACUCACCGGGACCUAUUGACACGGAUAUGUACAAAAUAGUAUGCGAAAAUAUGGCUGAUUCAAAAUC